CUUUCCAACAAAUUUAGGACAGCCACUACACUUCCACUUCCUCUUGACCUGAAGCCAACGUCACAACAAUGGCAGCCACCGGUAAAGUUCUCGUGGUAAUUGGACUGUUUCUCCUGCCAGUUCUCACGUAUGGGGACACGUGCCUGGCACCCCAUGUGAAGUCUCAGACCUAUUCAACUCCUGAAGCUAUUGUUUCUACUGAGACAGUUCUUAUUGUGGAGUUUACCGUUACCUGCAAAAAUGGAUUGAAGAACAUUAAUCUGUAUGCUGAUAUCGGAGGACGCACUUUGCCAGCAACAAAGACAUCAGAGGCUAACAAAUAUCAGAUCAGCAUUACCGAUGAGCACAAAAAAUUGCCAUCAGGCUCCUACAAUCUGAGAAUAUUUGAUGAAGAAGGUUUUGCUGCUUUGAGAAAGGCUCAAAGAAGUGGUGAGAGUACUGACAGUUUGAAGCCAUUGUUCACCAUUACAAUGAGUCAUCCGGGUAUCUGGAGCGGUCCCAUGGUCCAAAGUGAAUUUGUUGCUGCCAUGUCUGCUAUUGUUGUAUGGUGGCUUGCAUAUACGGCACGCAGUAAACUCCUAGCUUAAACUGAUACGUCUGUUUUUAGUUUGAGAGAGUCCAGUUUUCUGUCUGUCUUUGAGAAUUUGCUGAUGAGUCCAGUUAGCGUGUGAUUGAUUUUUAAAAUAUUUUUUUUUGGUGGUAUUUAUAUCAUUCCUCAUUUUCGGCAUCCAGGAGAAGGGGAUAUCGUGUGUGUAAUUUUCCAUUGAAUCUUUUCCUUUCUUUUGGGCUGACAAAGGAAAUUCCACCUACGGUAUCUCACAUUGUUUCAGAAUUUUGUUGUUGUCUUUGGUAUAAAUGCUGAUGAGUGAAGAGCAAGGAAUGUUAUGUUAAAAAUAAAUAAAACUCCUGUGUCAAAAAAA